CAAAUAAUUUGAGAUGAAAGUGUUAUUGGUAGCCGCCUGCCUCCUGGCUGUUGCGUUGGCACAAGAAGAACCAGAAUUUGUGCCUAACUUUGAGAUUGCCCCGGGGGCAAAAAAGACCUCGUUCCUCUACCAAAUUCAAAAAGGUUUAAUUGAGGGCUACGCAACGAUAUUCCCGGAUGGUGUCAGAAUACAGAACACCGCCCAGCUUGGUAUCAUGACUGCCAAAAAUGAUCUGUGUAAAAUCAACAAACCUGAUUAUCAAAGUCAAGGCAGUGUCAUCCUAGGAAAAACUUGCAAGAAGGCUUUCGUCAAGGUGUUCAAUGCUGAUGAAGAUCAAUGCAGUGGCGUAUUCUGUGAUGUUCUCGAGGUUGCUGAGGUGUUCCUCAACGACACUAUGAGAGCCAUGAUUGCGGCUGAGUUCGACAAAGAUUUCUUCAAAAUCAUAGAAACUGAAAUCCUCAACCCAGUAAUGGAGUACAACUGCCGAUGCUCUGGUAAAAUGAUGGACGCUUGGAUGGGCUGCAAGCACAAGAUUGGAGAGGCUGAUAUCUGGUACACUGUGAUGAACUUCGGUGGCUUUAACACAUCCGCCGCCUACCUCGAGGGUGAAGACUGGUUGGACUUCUGGGUUGAUGUCGUUAAAGACAGAUUACCUUGGGAUGACAUGUCACUUAUGCUUGAACGAACCAUGGCUAACUUGUGCCAGACCAACCAGGACGAUGAAGGCAAAUGCUAUACUUACUUCUACAAAGCUUUCAACACCCUUUACCAGUGGUUCCUUAAGUCUACUGGAGGGGUCCCAGCUGUGAAUAAACGCGGCGGCAACAACAGAAACAACGAUGUAGCAGUUCCCGAACAAUGUUCCACGUACGAUUUAUCAGCAUAUGCUGAUAUGGAAGCUGAAGACAUCUCGUUCGGAGACAUCAAAGAGGCUGUAAUCGAGAAGUUCUGCGUGGAAGAGUGUGAGGAUGUCUAUCAGGAUACUUUCUUGGAUGCUGCACAGCUUCAAUGAUUCAAGAUGAAGUUUUGGAGACUUCAGUCAAGAAUACCGCAACGGGAAUGGGAGAUAUCUACAAACGCCUCUACCCAGAGAAUGAGGAUGCUGCAAAUUCUGGAAUAUCCGAAUACUUCGGAUACUACGAGAACGCUAUGGCGAUGCUGAGGAACCCUACUUGCACAGAGACUAGCGUGGAAUACGAUGUGACCCCCUGUGGUGGUGCAGGAGGAGAAGAAGAACUCGGAGAGGUGUCUUCAUGUGAGGGUCUCAGUUCUAAGAAAGCUAAAAUCUGCAAAAAGAAGGCAAAGAAGGCAGCCAAGGCAGCAGGAGACGAGGAAGAAGAAGGAGGCAAUAAUAAGAAGAAUAAGAAGAAUAAGAAUAAGAAGAAUAAGGGAGGCAAGAAGGGAGGCAAAGGCAAGAAGAAUAAGAACAAAGAAUCAGCCUAAGCGUUGUCUACGUCAUUUGAACUUUUGAACUGGCAAGCCCGGUGAUGGUAAAUUGACAUAUUCCCGUAGAACGGACUUCGUUAACUGUUAACUUACUAACAGUACAUCUGUACAUGUAGCCAUGCACUGGGUAGAACAUUUUUAUGUUUAGCAAAAUAAUAUUUUCUUAUCAUAGCUUUCUGUAUAAUCUUUUAUAGUUUUUAUUAGUAAAUCCUUUAUAUGAAAAAGAGAA